CGGCACACACACCCACGAGAGCAGCAGGGGCCCCCACAAGCAGCCUCGCCUCAAGGAACCGGGCUGGAUUGCCAGGACACCAUGCACACACACCGUGCAGCAGCCCAGCAGGGCCACCGAUGCUGGUGACUGAGAGCCCUCCUCAGCUUUAAUGAGGGACACGCCCUGCCCUCCUGAGCCUGCCCGGCCUUGCACGAGUGUGCGUGUGCUUCCACACAUCUGUCACACACACAGUCACUCAGACACAGCGCCGCAGCUUCAGGCAGCGCCCGACACACAGGUACACAGUCAAUGACGAGAGCAGAGUCUGUGGGCAGCCGCUCGGGGUUUUCUGGAGCUCACGGGAGAGGCAGCGAGCCCUGUCCUUGUCCUAAGACAGUGGUUCUCAAAGUGAGGUCCCUGGACCAGCAGAGCAGCAUCAGCAGCACCUGAGAACGUGCUACAAGUGCUUUGCAUUCUGUCGUGGCCGGUGGAGCCCUGAGCUGUCUGGGGGCCUCCCACUGGGCUACAACUCUCUGUCACGCUUUUCUGUGUGUCAGCUCCUGUGCUAAAUAGACUUCGUCUACAUUAUCUCAUUAAAACUCAGCAACAGACUGUGAGAUGCGCACCGCAGUGUGCCUGUGGUUUUCAGAUGGGGAAGCCGAGGCUGGGAAAGGUUAGGAGACUUGCCUGGAGUCCCCGGGGCUCCCAAGCCCGUGCCCAUAACCACGUUCUAGAUGCAGCUCUGGCCCCGCUGAAUGUAAACACCCUACCAAGGACUGUGCCCCCCAUGCCAGGCCCCACCGCUGCCGCCCCCCGCUCCCCCCGGGUCUCUCCCUGCCUCAGCAGACACUGCUAAAUCUUUCCUCAAGAGACAAGGCCAGACCAUCCACGCAGGGGGUGGGACGAGGGGCGGGAGGCAAAGCCCCACCUCGUGAGCAGAAGGCACCUCUGCCAAGGCCCUCACCACCCAGCUCACCCCGCCCGGAGAGCACCGGGGAGGCAACCACAGGCCAGCCGCCCGGCCUGCACCCAACGCCUGGAGGCUGCUGCGCGACUGACCUGUGGACUCCAAAGACGUCGGCGGGGCACGCGUCGGAUUCAGAAUGUUCCCUGAAUUGCAUGAGGAGGGACCUGGGUUUGAGUCCUGACUUAUCACCAAUUUACUGUGUGACCUGGGCUGGUCCCCUCUUGGAAUCUGUUUUUCCAUUUCUGCAGCGAAGGGGCUGACUUAUGAUUUAUAAGGAUGUUUCCUGCUCUGAAAGCGUGUCUUGGAUUCUGGAUGUCCACGUGACAUUGGAGAAGUCUGGCCAGGACAUGGGAAUCUGAAAUGCCAAUGGCUCUGGACCCGGCUCUCUGCUCAGCCUAACUCAUCUUUGCUUGAGACUUGGGAGUGACCCCCAGCUCCCUGGACGUGCCUGGCUUUGCACCUACUCCUCUCACUGCCCCAUACUCACGCACCAAAGAGGAUCUGUCUUCUACAGCAUACCCUGCAGAGCACCAGAGCACCAGAAAGAGCCAAGGAGCUAGACCUGUUGUCCCUGACCCAGAGGCAGCCAUGGGGGCCUGUGCCAUGGUGGCUGAUGCCAACAGCUCAUCUGGCCUUGAGAGCAACACCACGGGCAUCACGGCCUUCUCCAUGCCCGGUUGGCAGCUGGCCCUGUGGGCCGCAGCCUACCUGGCCCUGGUGCUGGUGGCCGUGAUGGGCAAUGCCACGGUUAUCUGGAUCAUCCUGGCCCAUCAGAGGAUGCGCACGGUCACCAACUACUUCAUCGUCAACCUGGCCCUGGCCGACCUCUGCAUGGCCGCCUUCAACGCCUCCUUCAACUUCGUCUACGCCAGCCACAACAUCUGGUACUUUGGCCGUGCCUUCUGCUACUUCCAGAACCUCUUCCCCAUCACAGCCAUGUUCGUCAGCAUCUACUCCAUGACUGCCAUCGCGGCCGACAGGUACAUGGCCAUCGUCCACCCCUUCCAGCCACGGCUCUCGGCCCUGGGCACCAGAGCGGUAAUUGCUGGCAUCUGGCUGGUGGCCCUGGCCCUCGCCUUCCCCCAGUGCUUCUACUCCACUAUCACCACGGACCAGGGCGCCACCAAGUGUGUGGUGGCCUGGCCCGAAGACAGCGGUGGCAAGAUGCUCCUUUUCUACCACCUCGCAGUGAUCGCCCUCAUUUACUUGCUGCCUCUCGUGGUGAUGUUCGUCGCCUACAGUGUCAUCGGCCUCACGCUCUGGAGACGCACUGUCCCGGUGCACCAGGCGCAUGGCGCCAGCUUGCGCCGCCUGCAGGCCAAGAAGAAGUUCGUGAAGACCAUGGUGCUGGUGGUGGUGACGUUUGCCAUCUGCUGGCUGCCCUACCACCUCUACUUCAUCCUGGGCAGCUUCCAGGAGGACAUCUACUGCCACAAGUUCAUCCAGCAGGUCUACCUGGUGCUCUUCUGGCUGGCCAUGAGUUCCACCAUGUACAAUCCCAUCAUCUAUUGCUGCCUCAACCACAGGUUUCGCUCUGGAUUCCGGCUCGCUUUCCGUUGCUGCCCAUGGGUCACGCCAACCGAGGAGGACAAGAUUGAGCUGACUCACACUCCAUCCCUCUCCAUGAGGGUCAACAGAUGUCACACUAAAGAGACUUUGUUCAUGGCUGGGGAUGUGGCCCCCUCUGGGGCUGCCAAUAGGCAGUCUGGAAGUCUCCAAGCUGGAGUGUCUGCUGAACCCUGAAGCCUUCUGCCUGGCUGCAAGGGGAGGCUUAGCACCCUGCCAAUUGAGAGGAACACAUCUGAAAGUUUGGCCCAUGCUUCACCCUUCAAUACAUCAACGGAAAAACAAGAUGGGGCCAGGAACUCUGCAGUGGGUGCUGACUCUCCCAGCCAGCCCUCUCAGACAGUGCUUCAGGGGAUAAGACAGUAUGAGCUAACACUUAUCGAAUCCAGGAGUUGCAAGUUCAAAUGCCUUCCUGGGACAUACAACAUAAUGAGUAAACUGAAUCCAGUAUAAGAGAAAAACUAUAGAGAUAAUGAUAAAAGGUAACUGACUUCCAGUGUUGGGGCAACAGGGAAUGGUGGGGACUGUGGCAAACUGGAGGGCAUAGGAAUCCGAAGGGGACAGCAGCUGAUCAGCUCUGGACAAACGCUGCCACGUCGCUGGGGGCACAUUGUUGCCAGAUCCUCUAAAUCUUUCAAGAGAAGCCAGCGAUCCAAAUUUGCGAAACUUCCACGCUUGUUAAAUUUGGCUCACAUUUUUAUAAAUGUUGCAGAAACCGAACAGAACACACCUGUGGGCAGCACCCAACCAUGACACUGACUCAUUAUCAGGCUAAAGACACAAGGAAAGAAGCUUCUUAUUCGGCAAAGCCCCUAACCUGUGUGCCAAUCUGGGACUUCUCUGCCUUAGCAUCUCAGAACCCAGAUCCACCCCAGUGCAGAUGGCGGUUAAGAGUCAAAAGGAGCCUGCUGGGUGACCUCAGACAAGUCACAGUGACCUUCAGCCCCUUCCUCUUUCAACGGCAAAACUAUCUCACAGGGAUGCUGUGAGGAUGAUGGGAGUGAUGUCUAUAAACUGACAGGCCCAACACAGGUUAAGUGCUUCAUAAACAGCAUCUGUGACUUUUAUUACUACCAUGCCAGCCGUCACACGAAUGCCUCCUGACAUGAGGGCUCCAACACAGCCCUCUACUUCUGCUCACGAGGGUGGCAGGCAGAGAACACCAACUGUCCCAUCUCCCAGAAAACUCCAGGCCCGGCCCAGUGCACAGCUCACCCUGCUCACUGACUCCCCCCACCCACCCAAGAACCACAUAACACUGUAAAUGCACACCUAGAGUUCAAUGUCGUCUGUGUUCUCCACAAGAUCACUGUGUCACAGGCACAGUGCCAAAU